AUGCUGCUGCCGGAUUCUCUCUUCCGAUACUGCUGGGACCUUCUUCUCGCUAUCACGACUAUCCUACUCAUCUGGCGUGUACCCUACACGAUUGCAUUCGGAGAUAGCGAUCUCUGGUAUUGGUUCGCUUUCAACAAGACUACCGAUGCAAUUUAUCUGAUAGAUGUCAUUUUAAACUUCCGAACUGGAUACGUAGAAGACACCGAGGUCAUCAUGGACAGCCAUUUGGUCGCUAAGCACUACGUCAAAUCCUGGUUUAUCGUGGACGUCAUCGGGUCGAUCCCCGUCGAAUAUAUCAUCAGCUUCAACACUACCGGCAUCUCCAGUGUUGAGCGGAAAGCUUUCAAGGCUUCUGUGAAAUAUAUGAAAGUCCCGAAACUUUUCCGUGUCACUCGACUUAUCAAAUUCGUUCAGUAA